AUGUCGAAAAGAAGAGUGACGUACUACUACGACCCCGAUGUCGGGGCAUAUACGUACGGCUUUGGGCAUCUCAUGAAGCCGCAACGCAUGCGCGUCACCCAUGAACUCGUUUCAGUGUACGGCAUGCUGCCCAAGAUGCAUAUCCUGCGGGCGAAACGCGCUACGGCGGAGGUGAUGAGCCGUUUCCAUUCAGACGAAUACGUGCACUUCUUGUCGAGGGUUACGCCGGAAACUGCACAGGAGCUGACGUUCCAUGGGUCGCGAUUUCUGGUGGGCGACGAUAACCCUGCGUUUGAGGGGGUGUUCGAAUUUUGCACUAUCUCAGCGGGGGGCUCCAUUGCGGCGGCGCAGCGCCUGGCGAGCGGUGCGACAGACAUUGCGAUCAACUGGGCGGGCGGGCUGCAUCACGCCAAGAAGCGGGAGGCGUCAGGGUUCUGCUACAUCAAUGAUAUCGUGCUCGGCAUCCUUGAACUGCUCCGUUGGAUGCCGCGCGUGUUGUACAUCGACAUCGACUGCCACCACGGUGACGGUGUCGAGGAGGCGUUCUACACCACGGACCGCGUCAUGACGUGCUCGUUCCACAAGUUCGGCGAGUACUUCCCCGGGACGGGCAAUAUCAAUGAUAGAGGGAGGGGGAAGGGCAGGGGUUAUGCAGUGAACGUACCGCUGAAGGACGGGAUCACGGACGAGACGUUUAGGAGCGUGUUCGAACCCGUGAUUGACAAGAUACUGGAAGUGUUCCGUCCGUCUGCCAUCGUCCUGCAGUGCGGUGCGGAUUCUCUCGCGGGGGAUCGGCUUGGCUGCUUCAACUUGACGAUGCAGGGGCACGCGAACUGCGUGCAGUAUGUCCGCUCGCAGAAUAUCCCCAUGAUUCUCGUCGGCGGCGGCGGCUAUACAGUGAAGAACGUCGCGAGGGCUUGGACGUACGAGACGGCAUGCGCUCUCGGCAUCGAGAAAGAGAUUGAUCCGAAUCUGCCCUGGAACGAGUACUUUGAGUGGUUUGGACCAAGAUACCGAUUGGAGGUGGUGGAGAACAACAUGGACGACGUGAACGUGAAAGACGGGUCGGUGGAUGACGUCCGAAAAACCGUGCUGGCCCAGUUAUCCGAAAUGCAGCCGGCGCCGUCAGUCGGACUGCAUGAUGUGCCAUCUGAGAGUGUUGGGCAUCAUCUUGGGUUCAGCCGUGAUGAUGCAGAGGAGCAAGUAGAUGACUUGGACGAACGUCUUGCGCAACAUACACGUUUCGUCUAUGGGCUGCAGGACGUACUAGCAUCUGACGACUCUGAGCAGGAGUCACUAUCGGACGAGUCCUCGUCCAGUAGGAGAGUGCGCUCGAGAUCUCGUCGACACAUGCGUAGUGACAGAAAACGCAUGAGUAUAGUGACAGGGCAGUACUUCGACGUACCGCGGGUGGAGGAGGGCGGGUACGGGUACUACGACAUGGGGUGUGGGCACGAAGUGAAACCUGGGAUACUCAAGGGCCCGAACUUCAAGCGGAGAUUCUUCCAGAGCAUAGCUGAGUGGGACCCACAACUACAGAAGAUACAGAAGAUUCCGAGGCCCGCGGUGAACCUCGCGGACUUAAUGACGAUGGGGGGGCAAGACGAGGAAGACGAGGAAGAGAUGGAGGUAGAUGAAGAGUAG